AUGGCCUUUCAAGAUCUACCUUCGGUAAAUAUUUUGACAGUGAACGACGCUACAAAUGAAAAGUUCGAAGAAAUUGAUGCUGAUGGUGGAACACUCUUACUAGAUAACAGACGGAUAUGUGAAUCAGCAAAAUAUCGUAUUCCUGGAUUUGCUCAGGGUGGCGGAUCAUAUUCAUCAGGUAUCCACCGUAUUCGAUUUAAAGUACUUCAUGGCCAUUUGUUUUUUGGCGUACGUUCACGAAAUCUACCAGUUCAAGUGGAUGAUCAUGGUGAAAAUAGAUCGUAUAAUAAGAACAGUUGCACAUGCGGUUGGUACAAUAACGGUCCAAGCCGAGUUCAUGGUAAAUUUAAAAAAACACAUUUGGAAGGGUCAUCGAAUGCUAAUGACAUCUACGUAUUGACGCUGAACUGCGAUGAACGGCGAUUAAGUAUCAUAUUUCCAAAUGGUCCACAACACGAUGAAAUGGAAGUUGAUCUUGUUCGUUUGCCUUUCCCUUGGCGUUUCUGUGUUCAGCUAAAUCGUCUUGGUGGUUGUUUAUCAUUAGAAUAA